AUGGAUUGGAUAUUGAGUUUUCAUUUGUUGUUCGUGGAAUAUCAAAAAAGAAUACAAACGGUUAUAACCGGUGAGCUGGGUGAUUAUGGAGUUCAACUCGAGGUUGGAAUGAUGUUCACUAACCGUGAUGCUUUCAAGCACCAUAUAGCAAUGUUCGCUAUAGCCAAUAAGUUUUCAUACCGAAGCGCAAAGUCUGAUCCAACGAUGAUGGUCUUGAAAUGUGUCAGCUCAUCUUGCCCGUGGCGUCUCUAUGCUAUCAGGCUAAAGGAAUCGGAGAUCUUUGAGGUUAGGAAACUCGUCAAAGUUCAUACAUGCUCAAUUGAAGAGCGCGGUGGAUAUCAAAGCCAAGCAACAGCGGCGGUGAUUGGAGAACUUAUGAAAACAAAAUUUGCUGGAAAUGGUAUCGGCCCAAAGCCUAGCGAGAUUAAAAGGAUGAUGCGCGGCGACCAUGAUGUCUCUAUUUCAUACUGGAAAGCGUGGAAGUCAAGGGAUAUGGCAUUGGCUAAUGGCCACGGAACGUGUAAUGAUUCUUACAAAAAGCUUCCGGCUUAUCUCAAUAACCUUGUCUUAGCAAAUCCUGGAUCAUUAGCAAACUUGCACACAGAGCCAGCGGGAGAAGGAGGUAAUCGAUUCAAGUAUAUGUUCCUCGCAUUAGGAGCAUCCAUUGAAGGAUACAAAGCAAUGAGGAAGGUCAUAACCGUUGAUGGGACUCAUCUAAAAGGAAGAUAUGCUGGAUGUCUGCUGACCGCAUCCGCCCAAGAUGGGAACUACCAAAUCUACCCGUUGGCCAUCGCCAUUGUUGAUAGCGAGAAUGACAAGUCGUGGGAGUGGUUUUUCCAAAACCUAUCAGCUUUUGUGCCUAACGAGAGUGGACUGGUGGUCGUAUCCGACAGACAUCCGUCAAUAUACAAAGCUAUUAGCAAGGUUUAUCCCAGUGCCGGACACUGCAUCUGUGUGGUCCAUCUUAAGAGAAACAUAAGGUCAAAUUUCAAAGACAGGCAUUUGGGAUAUCUAGUUGCUAAGGCAGCAAGGACCUAUAGGUUGAACGAUUUCUACGCUACAUUCAACGAGAUUAAAUCCAUGGAUCCUUCUUGUGCAGAAUACCUAAUUGCGAUAGGGUUUGAACAUUGGGCGCGGUCCCAUUUUCCUGGUAACCGCUUCAAUGUUAUGACCAGCAACCUGGCUGAGUCCUGGAAUUCUGUUUUGUGCAAGGCUAGAGAGUUUCCCAUUGUUCAACUCAUUGACUUCAUCCGUGAGAAACUAAUGACAUGGUUUGCGAAGAGGCGGGAGGUGGCAUCAAGGUUUGAAGGAGUUGUCACCCCGUGA